AUCGUAGACUGCCACUUUCUGUUCGAUGGAGCCUGCCGCUAUUUAAAGCAGUACGAUACAUUUGCUUUUGAAUAGAACAAAAUAGAAGCUUAUUGCAAAUGCGUACCCACACAAGAGUGUGGGUGAACUGGAGGGAGCGGGGGUGGUAUACAAGAGACUGCCAAAAAAAAAAUUUAUUAAAAGAGCAAAAGACCACCCUCUUUCGAGGGUGUAGAAACUCUGAUGGUUUACUCCGUGACAAUGGACGUUCCGCGCGACUUUUCAGUCGAAUCUAUAGGCACCUUUCCGCGCGACUUUUCAGUCGAAUCUAUGGGAACCUUUCCGCGCGACUUUGCAGUCGAGUCUAUAGGAAAGCCAUAAUGUCAGCAAGGGCUGGAGUCGAACUCACAACCCUUGCGGGGCUCGUUGGUGGCGCUGAACCAACUGAGCCGAGGCCUGCUGUUCGAAUUAGUUGGGGAACAGCAGAAUUAAACCAAACAUAUAGACUCACUCAGGCUGUCAAGCCACAAUCUUUCACCUUGUGGCGUCACCGCUGCCUAGGUGGCUUGCCGCAGAGGUGCUGCCACAACAUCCCCCUCGAGGUAGAUUGCCCACUCAAAGACGUCACCGAUAAUGAACAGUCUACAGAAAGCAAUCCUACCGAACUUACAGUCUCUAGAAGUGUUUGCGUCCUGAUCACGUGCUUGCUUCAAUGCACAUAACUCCACGCGACAUUAUGAACUCCACACUCUUUCACUGGAGAAUUGAGAGGACGAAAAGAUAUACAAACUCUCAUAAUUACCGAGAUAAGGUAG